CCUAGAUGGGUCUGGAAUCAUCUCUCAGGGAAGCAUGUCUUUGACACUGCGUUGUUCCAGGUGCUCGGCAACCCUUCGUGCAAGCCCACUGAAGUUGGGCGAGUCACCGAAUGCGACGACUCGAUAUAUGAAGUCGCGUGGGAGAUCUUUCUCGGGCCGUUGUUUGAAUACUUCUUCUAUUUAUGCUCCAAAAAGAGGUAUUGUCACCAUUUCUCGACCACAGCAAGCAACAGCACCGUCUCUACCAUUGCAACGAAUCCCAUUGCAAAGUGUUAUGGAGAAACAAGCCACUCAAGUACGACAAGCAUCGCAUGCUACUCUAGGCGUGGUUGCAGAACAAGAACCAGUCGUACACGAUAUAUACGAGGAAAAGACCGGCACAUGGCAGUACAUUGUUGCGGAUCCUGCGACACUGGAAGCCGUCAUCAUCGACCCGGUCCUGGACUAUGACAGUGCAAGCUCGGAGAUUCUGACGACUACGGCAGAUUCCCUGCUAGACAUGGUCCACCAGAACAAAUACAAGGUGCAAAUGAUCCUCGAGACGCACGCCCACGCGGACCACCUCACUGCAGCCAACUAUCUGCAACACAAACUUGCCGAAUCCCAGGGCACCGCGCCCGCUGUCGGCAUUGGAAAGCGUAUUGCCGACGUACAGAAACUAUGGGCUGGGAGAUACGGUGUUCCAAGCGAGGAAUACGAGAGUGUCUUUGACAAACUCUUUGAGGACAACGAGGUGUUCCACAUUGGGUCGCUGAAAAGCGUUGCCAUCCACCUACCUGGACAUACACCAGAUCAUAUGGGAUACAUGAUUGGAGACAAUGUCUUUGUAGGAGACUCGAUGUUCCACGCCGAUCUGGGAUCCGCACGCGCCGACUUCCCCGGUGGUGACGCGCUGAUGCUGUUUCGGUCAGGCAGAAAACUGCUGCAACUACCAGAUCACGUCAAAAUCUGGUCUGGUCAUGACUAUCCGCCAGAGGAUCAAAAGGGCCGGGUGCCGUGGAUGACAGUCCGGCAGCAACGUGACCAGAACAAACAUCUGAAGGAGGAUGUCACUGAGACCGACUUUGUAGCCUUGCGUCAACAGCGAGAUGCUACCCUUGGUCCACCUAAACUCCUUGAUCAAUCCCUACAGAUCAACAUUCGGGCGGGACGUCUUCCUCGGCCUUCUUCCUCGGGGUUGCGCAUGCUUCAUGUCCCUCUGAAAUUGGAACAUGCUCAGUGGUGAUACACCUGUCAUGACUGUCCUCUUCUCCAAUCCCUGACGAGUUUAUGGACGGAUUGGUUGGGAGAGCGAAGAAGGAGGGACAAUAUCUAGCCUGCUUGGAAAGUUCGACUUCCCAAUUUUUGGGUGACGACCAAAGCAGGGACGGGCUUCCAUUUGCAGAUCAAGACUUGCUUAAUGUCAGGCUUGAACAGCACAUCACGAAACAAACUAGUCUUUCUCAUAUGUAUUUCUAUAAGCGUUGGAACAGAAAUCAAGACCAUUUGUCCAC